GUUUGGAGGCCGCCGAAGGCUGGGCGAGAGACGGGCCGGAGAUGCUUGUGUCCAUGUGGGGAGUGGGAAGAAGAAGGCGGUGGCGCUGGUUGGCCCUCCGCUUCCUACCUGUCUCAGCGUUGCGGCCUGUGUUGGAGGAGGGAAAGCAGGCCGCGCCUUCCAGGCCGGUCCCCCCCCCCUCCGCCUGAUCUUGGUUGUGGCAGUCCGAGGAAAGGUUUCAUGGACAAAUAAAAUGAUAGAUCAAAUGGACAGACAGAUGGCAGAAAGAGACAUACUGGGAAAAUAUGGCUCAGACUGAAGUACUUUCUUACAGGACCCUGCUGAAUUUGAUGGGUCAGGAAGCUGGAAAACCCACAUGGCCAAAACCAACAGGAGGCUAUCAAACUAUUACUGGGAGAAGAUAUGGAAGAAGACAUGCCUAUGUCAGUUUUAGACCAUCUCUGAUGAAUCAAGAAAGAUAUUCAAACCAACAGACAGAAGAAUGUGAAGGAUUAGAACUAGACAGUGUUCUAAAAGAAAAUUUAUUGUGUUCCAGUCCACAUGUUCCUGUAUGUUCUCCAUUGGUAGAUGCGCCAUUAUUACCAAAUAUUGGAUCAGAAGAACCUGCUUGUGAAGCUGAUUCUAACCACGCUAUCACCAUAGAUACUUCCAUGUUUUCUCCAACGUGCUACAAUUUGUGUGAUCACCAAAAUGUUGCCAACAAUGAGAAUUCUAAUGACAAUGUGGAGUCUACUUCUGAAGAGUGCAAUAAUCUUCAUGGCCAGAAUGGAAUAGCCUUUGUAAACAUUGACUCUUAUGAACCAGACAGCAGUGAUGGAGAGGAAGAUGGUUUCCAAAAUGCUAUCACAUUAGCUAAAGAAGAAACAGGACUGUUUCAAGAAAAACUGGACAAUAUGCUUUCUAGGUUAGAAAAAGAUAUGGACUCCUUCAGUGAUUUGCAGUCACAUCUGCCUAGUUUCAGUCAUAAUACCAUAAGUAAAAGUUUUGAAGAUCUUAGACUAGUGCCUUUUAGAAGACUUUCUAGCAUAGAAUCAGAUACUGUUUAUCAAAACAAGUCACUUUCGAAAAUAUCUAAUGAUGAAACUUUAGCAAAAAGUAACCUUAUUUCUUAUGAUUUAGAACAGAAAAACAGUACAGUUGAGCCUACAAUUAGGACACAUGUUGGAAUUUGUAAUGCACUGAGUACUACAAGCAUGAAAGUGGACCAAGAGAAUUCAGCUGAAUUGGUAGUAAGACCCAAAGUUAGAAAACAGAAUCCUGUUAGUGAGAUUGAUAAAAAACAGUCUGUAAUGAAUGAAGAGGAAGAAAAAAGAAGUAGUAAAAUGUGGACUGAUAAUGUGGAUGAUCAGCCAUGCAAUGCUGAAAUUAUCUCAAAGCAUAGUAAAGAAAAAAAAUCUAAUAUCAUUUUUGACCCCAAAGAGUAUGAAUUGGCUGAAAAGAAAGUAAAAAAUGAACCAAGGAAACACAAUACAAGUCUUCAAGAAAAAAGUAAAAUAGAUGAUAGUGCUUUUUGGGAUGAAUUUGAAGAUUGUGGUAUAAAUCUAUCUAAUUCCAACAAAGAUGAAGAUGACAGCUCAGAAUGCAGUGAUGGUGAAUGGUCUGCAUCCCUGCCUUCUUACUUUUCUGUGACUGUGAAAGAUCAGUCCUCCAGUGAUGAAAGCUGGGAGACACUUCCAGGCAAAGAGGAACAGGAACCUGAAGAGCAGAGUGAUAGCAGUGGUGUGGAAGAGGAACAUAAUGAUUUUGGUUUCCAAUCACGGGAACAGACUUCUCUAGAGGAUGGAGAGAUUCCUUGGUUGCAAUACCAUGAAGAAAUCGAAAGUAGCAGUGAUGAAGAAAAUGAUCAAGCUAGCCAUUUUGUACAUCCUGGCUUUUUUAUGUUAGAUGGGAACAACAAUCUAGAAGAUGAUUCCAGUAUGAGUGAAGACCUAGAUGUUGAAUGGAGGCUACUUGAUGAAUUUGGGGAUGGUCUUGGGGUUGCUCAAGCAAUUUCGUAUGUGGAUCCCCAGUUCCUUACUUAUAUGGCCUUGGAAGAACGAUUGGCACAGGCUAUGGAGGUAACAAGCAUGUUCAUGGAAAUGACUUAUCAGCGUCUACAGACUGCGCUGGCACAUCUAGAGUCUCUUGCAAUUGAUGUUGAGCAGGCACAUCCACCAGCUAGUAAAGAGAGCAUAGAUUGUCUGCCACAAAUUAUUAUUACAGAAGAUCACAACGCUGUAGGGCAAGAGCAGUGUUGUGCUAUUUGCUGUAGUGAGUACAUCAAAGAAGAAAUUGUAACAGAGCUUCCAUGUCGCCACUUCUUUCACGUGACAUGCAUAACACUUUGGUUACAAAAGUCUGGAACAUGUCCUGUGUGCCGCCAUGUGCUUCCUCCUGGGCUCUCAGAGUCAGCCGCUCCCAUAUUCACCUUCUUGCCCGAGCAGGAUUCUACUCCUUCAGUGCAGAGUGCCUCGGGAACACAAUAAAGGAAUACCUGAACAAGAAUUAGCCCAUCACAUUGUACUGUAAAGUUCUUUUAUUUAAUGAUAACAUGAAAUUGGUUUUGUAUGUGCGCCUGUGUAUGUGGCAUACUGUACACGCAUACACAAAAACAUGUAGAAAUUCCAACACACACAUUUUGCAAGAAUAUGCGAGCUUACAAAAUGGUUUAGAAUUAUAAAAAGAAUAACAGACUGAAAAACAAAAAGGUUGCACUAGUUUUCUGCGAUAAACAUUGCUCUUUACUAAAGUCUAAUGGUAAUUAUUCAGUUUGUCUUGAAAAAUGAUCAUUAAUGUGGCACUUAUACUCAAAGUAAUGCAGCUGCAGUGCAGUUGGAGCUUACACACGUUAUGCAUAUGAUAUGUUUUACAUAAUAUAAUUUUGGAGGCUGGGUUUUUUCUUUUAAAAUAGUGCCACUUAAUUACUUUGUAUAUAACUCUUUCAUAUUUGCAUCAAAUGUGAAGAUGUUCUGUGAUAACAUCAGUAACAUACUUUGGUUUCACUGAAAAUAAACAGCAUAUAAUCAAAGAAUUAGCCUGUGAUUUCAUCAUGACCUCUGUGUUCUGUGACUAGUACAAAAUAGGUUCAAUUUGGAUUAUUUUACACAGUUCAAAAUCUGCACUUUCACAUUCCUAUUAUAAGAAUUGAGGAAAAAGCAAUGGAAUUAUAGAAGGCUUAUAGAGCUAAAUUACUUGAUAUUAGAAGAACCAGCAACAGCCUUCCACUGGAGCGACAGGAAUUGAAAUUGGGAUAGGCACAUUUUCAUAAGUACAAAGCUGUAAUAUUCAUAUAAUACGGAUAUACAAUGGAAAUCAGGUGACCCGUUAUUAGAACACCAAAAUAGCCUCGCAAUGCAUUUUCUUAAUGUAUUUAGUUUCUGCCUCCUUAUUGUUUUGAGUGAAACUGCAGUACAUUUCAGUAAAAUACUGAAUUAACUUAUUAACUGUAUUCACUACUAUAUAUUACAAAGAGAUAAAUCAAAGUUUUUAAGUGUUAGCAAUUAGUUUCUUAUAAUUAGACAUAUAGCAUGGGUUAUUUUAUUGUACAGUGCCAUAAGAUAUGCUUUCAGAGGUCAUAUCCAGGUCUUUUUCAAAUAAUUUAAUACUAGCUGGAUUGAGCCUUUAUUGAAAAAGAAUCUAUUUAAUGAUUACAUUUUUUUUCUUCUUAACUGUAGUUAGAAUCUAUUUUGCUUUAUUUUUUCCAGGAAAAAUACUUUUGCAAUAAAACAAGAACAGUGAAGGAUUGUGGGGGUGGGAAUCAGUAAAGGAGUAAUCCAAUGUUUUAACCACAAGGCCAUCAGCUAACAAUUUCUAGGGUAGAAGAGAAAAACAGUUGGGCUCUUGUUUCAAAAUGGAAUAGGCUAAUUAUUAUUAAGACUUCCAGAGCAUUAUUGCACUCCCACUCCUGCAAACUCUUGCAUUGCUGAAGACACAACCUUACCCAUUUUUUCAGGACUAAACAAAAAGGAAAUUAUGUUCUCAGUUGCCUAGUUACAAGAUAGAUGUUUUCUUUCAUCUUUUCUAAAAAGACCAGGUAAACAUUCAUAGACUAUUUGGUGCGGAAAAGCAAAUGUGGACAUUAAGAUGAAUUAAGACAUUAAGACUAGGUUCCCUUGGCUUCUUGGUGAUAUAAAUAUACGAUGAAAAAAUUGGGCAUUUUCUAUUCUCAGCAAUAUUAAAGAUGCUUCUUGAAAACUAAAGUUCAUAAACUUCCCAAAUACACAGGCAUUCUGCAAUUAAACUGUAUUGCAGCUGUGUGAUUUUUUUGUACAAGUAUAAAAUCUAGGGACAUGAUCAAAAUACAUGAUGAUCCAGCUCACAUAUCUUCUGUAUUGCAGAAAUAAAGCUGACAGAACUACAUUUUGUUCUGUCUACCCCACAUAAGUCUUAAGUGCUAUUGCUAUUAUUAAGCAGGCUUACCUGCUUUAUUGCUUUAACAUCUUAUAAAUUCCAUUGUUGAAAGAAGUACCUUUAAACAGUAUUAUGGCAAUGGUUAAUUAAGUCGUAACUAUUUGUAACCUGAGGAGCAAGUAUACAGCAGAUUCCAUGUUGUAAUGUUUCUUUCAAUUUGAGGAUGUAAAGUCUGUAAGUUGAACUCGAAAGAGCAGCAAAAAACAGCUUUUCUUUAAACUUCAUAGGAGAUAAAUACAAAGCUUGAACCUAGCAGAUCCUUGUGAUGAGCUAUUAGUCCAUAAAUCUCAUGGAAAAUUCAGUAAACACACUAGUUACUAUGUCAUUUACGUUAAUUUUCCACCCUGCAUUUUUGCAAAUGAACAGUCAUUCACCCAGUACUGUAUCUAUAGAAACACAGAAUCUAAGAUAAUGACUGCCAUGAACAUACUGGAACAAAUUUUAUAUUCCUGUCUGGCCAUGCAAACAGAGAGAGAAAAUGUAUAUAUGCAAUGUAAGUGAAGUAAAUAAAGUCAAUAGUAUUAGAAAGCAAAAAAACAGGGUUAGUAGCCAUAAAUUUUGGGUUCCUCUUGUCUAUCUGGAGAUUUCAUCUCAACAAAUGUCUGCAACUGUCAGCCAAUCCUAACCAUAUAUAAUCAGAAGCUACAUAGAGGAGAAAAGUUUGUAAUUCUCUCCAUUGAUAGAAGAAAGGUUCUUUACAAUCAAGACUUCAGCAAUUUGAAUUGGGGUGCUGAAACCUCUGUUGGGAAAGUAAUGCAUCUACUAGAUGUUGAAUGCUCAGGGAAAUAGCUUUUAGCAGUCAAAUAAUGAGUCUACCAAUCCAAGAGCUGAUUCAGACCAAUGGGAACUAUUCACUAUUUCCAAAUCUAAAUUAUUUGGGCUUGUGUGCCUCUAGCAUUAGAUUAGCCUUUUCUUCUAUUGCCCUAAUGCCACAAUCAGUUUUAUUUCCUAGAAAACUUUAUUUCUGGAUAAUAGUUUUUUGGAUGAUGUCUAUAACAUGUUGCCUUUCAUAAAUAUUGUCCCAAAUACUGCAAGCAGCAUUUUUCUGUACCAAAAUCCUUUGGCAUGCUGCUUUGGCAGCAGGUAAACUGCCUUUCCUCUUGUCUCCAAAACUUUGACCACAUUGGCUCCCCUUUCAUUAGAAAUCAAUUUUCUCUUGGCCUGUAAAACAGCUUUAAUAUUUCACUAGAGUGUCAUUUCAUCCACAUUUGAACGUGAUAGUUUUCUUUUAGCCUUUUCUCUACUUAGGAUUAGAAAUGUUAAGGAGGAUACCCACAAUGAUUAUAUGUUGGAUGUAUUUCUAUUGUUAACCAGAGGUAUAGCCCACCUUUCCGUUAAGCUAAAAA